AUGACCUACCAACCGGCUAUCAUGAGUGCGUCUCUCGGGCGCGCUUGGUUGCACGACCUGGACUACAAGUUGGAUCAAGCCGCCAAAGCGGGGUUCAAAGGCAUCGAGAUUUUCUACGAAGACCUGGACUAUGCCGCACGCAAGAUCUCAGGGAACGAUACACCAACUUCAGAGCAUAUUCUGGAAGCGUCGGAAAAUGUGAGCUCCGCGUGUAAAGGCCGGGGUCUCGAAAUCAUAAGCCUGCAGCCAUUCCUGUUCUACGAGGGUCUCAAGGACAGGGAUCAGCAUGCCAUUUUAAUCGAGAAAAUGGAGCUCUGGUUGAAUAUUGCAAAGAUUCUCAACACCAACACAAUUCAAGUUCCUGGCAACUUCUUGCCGGCAGAGCAGUUGACUGGCGACUUUGAUGUUAUUGCCGCCGAUCUGCGCCAAAUCGCAGACAUGGGUGCAGCGGUUGAUCCCCCAGUGCGCUACGCAUAUGAAAAUCUGUGCUGGAGUACACAUGUUGACACAUGGGAGAAGGUGUGGGAUGUGGUCAAGCGUGUUGAUAGACCCAAUUUUGGGAUGUGUUUGGAUACUUUCAACAUUGCCGGCCGGGUAUGGGCGGAUCCGGCUUCUCCGACAGGCAAGACGCCCAAUGCAGAUGCCGAGCUCAAGGCAUCGAUGGAGAGACUAGUAAAGGACGUGGAUGUUUCCAAGGUUUUCUUUAUUCAGGUAGUUGAUGCCGAGCGUAUGGAAUCGCCUCUUGUUGCAGGCCAUCCCUUCCAUGUGGAUGGUCAACCAGCCCGGAUGAGCUGGUCGCGAGCCGCGCGCACUUUCAUGUAUGAGGAGGAUCGUGGGGCCUAUAUGCCAGUGGAAGAUGUGGCCAAGGCAAUUAUUCAUGGACUGGGGUACAAAGGUCCUGUUUCGAUGGAGCUGUUCUCCAGGACCAUGGCGGAAGAAGGCCAGCACGUCCCCGAUGAGCAUGCGAUUAGGGGUAUGGCGUCGUGGAAGAAGUUGGCACAGAGAUUGAACUUGAACUAG